CUCCCGAGUCUCUACUCUGUGAUUACUGCUUGAGUGCGGCACAAAGUCGUAGGCAUAUCGCUCGAGUCUCUUGCCGAGUUUGUCGUUGCCGUAUCCGGCCGACCAGGCCUACAAACGGUGCACAUUACUUUAACCUCAAUGGAUGUGCCCAUGUCUGUCGACAUCUCUGGACAUCCUCUAACACGGAUGUUCAGCAGGCAUCCCAUCUACGACAACGUCUUCUCGCGCCUGAGCCCUCGCGAGCUCAUUCGUAUGUCUUCUGUGAAUCGCGUCAUUCAUAGCGGCGUCCAAGACUUCAGCCUGAGAGCGUACAAUGUGAAUCGAAGACUCUCACGUUCUUUCGGUGAUUCUUUCGCCUUCCGAUCACUUAUGGCCCGAACACACAUGGUCAUUUCUGGUUCUUUCGCACUGCAGCUGUUCGACCGUACGUAUUACCCGGACUCCGACCUCGACCUAUAUGUCCAUCCCGACCGGAGCAUUGCUGAGGUCGGCCUAUGGCUCGAAAAGGAAGGUUACACAUACUUGCCCAGGGAAUGGCAACGGCAGGUGUACAGGGACGAAGCGGAACGCAUUCUCGCGAACAUCGACCUCCCACCGGAGGCUGUCGAGAACGACGACGAGGCGGGCUUACUCUACAACAUGAGGAGCGUGCGCGCUGUCUACAGCUUCGAGCGUAGUGUCGCGCCGAACGAGAUCCUCAAAGUCCAGAUUGUCGUCUCGCGCCUUUCGCCCCUUGCAUCUAUAUUGGAUUUCCACUCCACAUGUGUGAUGAAUGUCAUCACUUACAAUGCCGCUUACUCACUGUACCCACACGCCACCUUCGCGCGUCGAGAAGCCCUGAUCAUCCACGAGGACUUUCAUUCCACAAAUUCCGAGAACGCUCUCGCCAAGUACUCCUCCCGUGGGUGGCGCAUGCUCGCCAGGCGGUCCCCGCUCUUGGAAUUCAUCGCAACACCGGGUAAUCCCCUGUACGCGCCCUGGUGGGCUAUUGACCAAAGACGCUGGGUGUGCGACAGCCGCUCCUGGGUUAUUCAUUUCGAUACGACCGGAGUUACUGCGCCGCCACCACCGUCUGUAUCGAGUCCUCAUCCCGGAUGGGACCCUGUUGCCGAGUGCGGUUGGAAACUCGAGCUCCAAUUCAGCGCCAUUGCUGUCAAACAUGUACCGAUCAAGACGACCAUCUUACGCUGGCGUUACACCGCUCCCGACGAACAAUACAUACGAUGCAUUGUCCCCUUCUUCUACAACCAAGGAAAUCUGGAGCAUCGGAAGGUUCCGGAAGGACAGUCCAGGGAUAGCGUCAGAGAUGCGUGGACGUGGUGGGACUACAUGCUGCCUUUGCUAAGGUUGCAGUAUUGCAACGCAUUUCCUGACUUGGGGAGUGACGGUCUGCGGGCUACAGAAGUUUAGCUGUUAGCUACGACUAUCCACCUCUUUGUCUCAUCCGAAGAACGUCCGACGCUACAGAUGCAUCGACGAGCCCAUCGUUGGAUACUUAAUUUGUGCCAUGAUUCCUGAUGGGUCCGUUGUCUAGCCUAAUAAGGCGAUUGCCAAUGAGUAUAUUCGGUGUAUAGAACACUACGUCUACUUCUUGAUUGUUGCAUUUCCU